AUGGCUGGCACAAGCAAACCACACGACCUGAAGUUCAUCAACACUUUCGAAACCGACUUGGAGAGAAAUGCCGCUUUUGGAGAGGGAACUGGCACGGACUAUAUGAGUAUCUCGAACUUUGCCAAAGAUGUCGAUGCCACUGGCAAAGGGUCAUCUACCACUACGACGACGACUACCACCGCCACCACCAUCAACGGCAACGGAGCAACACCAAACACGACUGAGCCUCAGGCUAACGAAGAUCCUGCCACUGACACUCCGCGUGGACACGAAAUUUGCCCAAAUCCGCUCCCCUAG